GGGGAGCAGGAAAGCGAUUUGGAUGAGGUCGAGUCAACGGAAGGGUGAGAGCUGUGACAGUGGGCUGCGCGCUUCUCUCUGACAUCGUGGAAUCUUCACAAUAACGUUCCAGCGCGGCACGGAUUCGAGAAGGCUGUUAGACGUUGGGGCUCAUUUCGAGCGGGCACAUAUCUUGAUCAAAGAUCGGGAAAGUAACAAAGGGGCGAGAAGCGUUACGAGAGCGACCCAGAAGGACUUGGAGUUCAGCGACACCCGUUCCAAGCACAUGAGAAGUAAAAUUCUGCAUCGUGUUCAUCAGCCGUCGUUUUCAGGGUAGGAGCCUAGGAGGUCAAGUUCCGAGAGUUGAGCGAUCCAUCAUUCCGCUGCCAUGGGGUGGUCACGUCAGCAUCUGUUUUGAUCUCUCUCCGCUCCGUCACCACAGCCUUGUGGAUUCGGAUUCCGGACUCGUGCGGCGAACGAGGGCAUCAGCGCAAAUGCGUCCUUUGACACCUCUGUGAUUUCUUUCCGGCUCCGAUCGAUCCAAAGUCGAUCUGGUCGCCUACGUCGCGUUUCGAAAGCAGUGUCGCUCUUACCCACGGCAGCUUUUUAGGCAAACUGGCGGGGACCUAGGCUCACUGCUUCACUCCUGUGGAAACAGCGAUGGCUUUCCAUUUCUCUGCGCUCUAUCCGGGAGACAACUUCGCCACCGCGUCGGCCAGGCACGAGCAGUAUCUGUUCGCCCAAUUGCGGCUUCGACCCGGCAUGCGCGUUCUUGCAGUAGGAUGCGGCUCCGGACGGGCAUGCAUUGAGCUGUUGCAGUACGAGCAGGUCUACCUAGUCGGAAUUGACGAAGACGAGCACAAUGUUCGCGUUGCUCAGGAGAGCGCUGCGAAGAGCGGAUUCGGGUCUCGAGCCGAGUUUGUGUGCCUGAGUCCUCAUGCCUGUGCAGACUACUUCGGGCCGGCGUCCUUCGACGCCGUUUUCAGCAUUGAAGCUCUCAAGACGGCUUCAUCCUUCCUUGAUGCCUAUGUACCAUUGGCCACCGUUCUAAAACUUGGCGGAAUGAUGGGCCUUUACGAAUGGUGCUGGACAUCAAGUGCAGACCCGAUGUUUCUCGAUCACAUCCGGCUGGCUGAACAACUGGAGCACCAGACCCACAUCAGUCAUCGGCCGCUCGGUGAUCGCACCUAUCAAGCAGCUGCGGCUUCCGUGGAGCGGACUCAGAUGUUGAGCCUUAUCGAGACUGAAGAUCUUGCUCAGCGACGGUCCGCGCUGUCUUGGUAUGCACCGCUCCUCCGGGGAUUAGCCACAUCCUCCACUCGCUGGGCAUCUGACUCGGACUGCGAUGGAACGUUCGGGGCAUUAACUCGCGGGGGGGCUGCAAUCCUGGCCCGAGCUGGGCAGCUCAAACUUUUCACGCCAAUGCUCCUUCUUGUUGCGCAACGCGUUUGACUCGGGCCUGAUAGUCAUAUCGCCAAAUCUGACUGAAUCUAGUUUUCCUUUGCUUCCAUCACUCCGUCAGGUUUCAUGUGGUCUUCCUUUGUGUACUAGCGUUUCUCUUCCCGUGAGACGAUGAUAGUUCUUGAGCUUAAAUACUUGGGUACGAUUGUAUUAUACAUCAGUCGUACGCGCUUCCAUGUCCAAUUCUACGUCGAGCGAAAGUCCAGCCGCAUUGGAAGCUGCCCUCCAGCUCAUCUUCUCCGAAAUGGAGAAGACGCGCACGGAGAACUACUCUCAGCUCUCAUCGAUUGCAUUCCUUCUCUACGACAUCAUCUUCCGGAUCGACAAGGAGUAUGAAUACGUCUGGAAGAGCCGUGGUUCAAUCGUCAAAUAUCUCUAUUUCUUUGCACGAUAUUAUGGGCUCCUUUAUAAUGCGACCAUCUUUGUCGGUAUGAUCCUUCGACACUCCGGUUUAGAACUGCACGAUAAGUAUUGCACCCUAGUCACCAAUAUCGUCGGCCUAUCCCCUUCUGUAUGCAACUUCUAUUGGUUCUGGGCCGGCGACAUCAUAUUCACAACCGUCGUGAACAUCAUCCUGAUCAUGCGGAUCAACGCGAUGUACAUGCACAGCAAAAAAGUACUGGCAUUCCUCAUUAGUCUUCUUGCCACGGAAUUUGGGCUCGAGCUAUAUUCUUCCAUCAAGAGCGGAAUAACCACUGCGGAAACAGUCUUUUCCGCUCCACUCGGAAUGCCUUGGCCAGGAUGUUUCGCAUAUCCCAAAGUCAAAUUCACCUUGAUCUGUUGGAUCCCAACUGCCAUCAUUGCAACGAUAUUCUUCUUGAUGACAUUGGCCACGAUGUUCCGUCAGAAUGCGACAAAUCUGCGGUCUAUGAAACGCAUUUCGCCGUUGUUCGCCUCCUUUGUCGGAGAUGGUGUGAUCUUCUUCUUCUUGAUCUUUGCAAUUCUCAUGUCCACCAUGUUCAUGACACUCUUAUUCAAGAACGCGCUUGCCAACUUUCUCGGCGGGUGGCUUAUCGCAAUCUACUCUUUCUCCGCAUGUCGACUGAUUCUCAACCUCCGUGAAGUCUCGCAGCGGUCUCUGGAGGAUACAGUGAUGCUGCACAGCACAGCUUUCAACGAAAGUACUAUCCGGAGUCCGGUCUUCGCAUCCGGAUCGACCAUCAAUGCCAGUCGCGGUCACGUUGAACCGUCGGCGGACCUAGAGGUGCGAGACAUGCGAUUCCGACGCCAGACUGUCGAUACGUAGUCAUUUUGUCCAUGUCUUGAUCGGACCGUCGGAUCGUUAUCGUAGCCCUUGUGAUGACACUGUACAAGCUACGCGAACCAUCAGUUCUC